AUGAGUUACAACAGUGAUAAAAUUACAACAAAUGAAGAAAUCUUGGAAGCUUUAAAUCCAGUACCAAAUUUCAAAAAUAGAGAUGAUAUUAAACCUUGGAUUCAUGAAAAUUUAGAUUCAAGAGGUAUAAAUUUAGUCAUUGAAAGAUCUGAUGCUUCAAAAGUUGUUUUCAAAUGUAAAAAUCUUUAUAGAAAAUCUUCAACUCCAAGAUCAACAACAACAAAAAUCAUUAAUGGGAAACAAGUUGUUAAAAGAGUUAGAAGAUCAAUACCUGAAGAUUCUUGUCCUUUUAGAUUAAGAGUUAGUUAUUCUGUUAAAUAUAAAAAUUGGUCUGUCAAUAUUAUUAAACAUGAACAUAAUUUAUCACUUUGUUCAAAUUUUGGUCAAGGUCAACCUUCUCCAAUAGAUCAUGCUGCUGUUAAUAAUGCAAGACAAUAUGGGAAUCAAUCUGUUAGACCAAUGUUAUCAAAUAACUCAUCAUAUUAUUCAACUUCAGGUUCCAUUCAUACUGGUGGUUCUUCAUCAAAUGCACCAAGUCCAUUAUCUUCAAGUUAUACUGCAUCUCCAGCUUUUACAACUACUCCAUAUUCAAAUUCUGGUACACCAAUAACUUCAACUUCUCAUGAUUUAUUAGCUGAUUAUGAAAUUCCAACUACAUUUAGAAGAUCUCAAUUAUAUAAUGAAAUUGAUCCAUUAGAUCAAAUUUCAAAUUCUAAUACUGGAACAUCUUCAUCAACAAAUCAUGAUUUAAGUUCUUUACAUGAUGAAUUAAAUUUUGUUUAUUCAAAUAAUCAUAGUGACAAUGAAGCAUUUGCCAAAAAUUUAGAUGAAUUUCAAGAUUUAUUAAAUGACCAAACUCCUAAACAACAACAACAACAUGAACCAAGAAUUGGAGGUUCAUCAUCUCAUCAAUUAUCUCAACAACAAUUACCAUCCCCAUCACCACCUACAACAGAUCAUAUAACUUCACAAUUCCAAUUAUUUGAUGAUUCACCAUUUAAUAAAUUUUAUGAACAUCCAUCUCAUCAACCUAUUCAACCUAAACCUCAAACUCAUCAACAAGUAUCAAAUACAUCAUCUCCAUCACAAAACUCACCAUUUUCACCAUCACAACAAAAUAAUAAUUCGUUAAAUAUUAAACAAGAAGAUGCUCAAGAAAAUGAUCCAUUAAUGUAUUUAUUAAGUUCAACAAAUCAAUCUUAUACUUUUGAAGAAUUAGAAUCUUUGGAUAAAGCUAUGGGUAUUGAUGCUAAUGAUAAGAUCUUGAUGUCUAUGUUUCAAGGUAUCUAA